AUGGCCGGCUCUUCGCUAGCGAUGCGCUCCAUGAUGCAGCUGUCGUCUCGUCGAUCCAUCACAACAGCUCCCAUCCUGCGUGCAAGGCAGCUGCGUUCCGUCCAAUCGCGUGUCGCUCGCCGCGGCUACGCUGAUGCCGCACCGUCGCCUGCUCCCAAGCCCAAGAAGCGCUUUCGUGUGCUGCGCUGGGCCUGGCGCUUGACUUGGAUGACUUCCCUUGGUCUCGCCGGUGUCCUUGCUUACAGCAUUUACGAUCUCCGUCACCCCGUGGACCAGAUCGAACCCGACCCCUCGAAGAAGACCUUGGUCGUUCUCGGAACUGGUUGGGGCUCUGUCUCUCUGCUGAAGAAGCUGGAUACUGAGAACUACAAUGUCAUUGUCGUUUCCCCCCGAAACUACUUCCUCUUCACUCCCCUGCUUCCGUCAUGUACCACCGGUCUGAUCGAGCACCGCUCCAUCAUGGAGCCCGUUCGUAACAUCCUCCGCCAGAAGAAGGCCAAUGUCAAGUUCUACGAAGCCGAAGCCACCAAGAUCGACUACGAGAGGCGUGUGGUUCUCAUCAACGAUGACUCCGAGGUCAAGGGUGACAUUUCCAGCACCGAGGUUCCCUUCGAUAUGCUUGUGAUCGGUGUUGGUGCCGAGAACGCGACCUUCGGUAUCAAGGGCGUUAGGGAGCACUCUUGCUUCUUGAAGGAAGUUGAUGAUGCUCAGGAAAUUCGCAAGCGCAUCAUGGACUGUGUUGAGACUGCUAUGUUCAAGGACCAGACCGAGGACGAGAUCAAGCGUCUGUUGCACAUGGUCGUCGUUGGUGGUGGCCCUACUGGUGUUGAAUUCGCGGGUGAGCUUCAGGAUUUCUUCAACGAAGAUCUCAAGAAGUGGAUUCCCGAGAUCAAGGACAACUUCCAUGUGACCUUGGUGGAGGCUUUGCCCAACGUUCUGCCCAUGUUCUCCAAGCAGCUGAUUGACUACACCGAAUCGACCUUCAAGGAAGAAGAGAUCACCAUCCGCACCAAGACCAUGGUCAAGAAUGUCACCGACAAGUUCAUUGAGGCUGAGGUCACCAACCCUGACGGAUCUAAGACUCUUGAGACCAUUCCCUACGGCCUUCUCGUCUGGGCCACCGGUAACGCUGUGCGCCCCGUCGUCCGCGACCUGAUGAACCAAAUCCCUGCCCAGAAGAACUCCCGCCGCGGUCUCGCCGUCAACGAAUACCUGGUGGUCAACGGUACUGAGAACAUCUGGGCCGUCGGUGACUGUGCUAUCACCAACUACGCUCCCACCGCUCAGGUUGCUAGUCAGGAGGGUGCUUUCCUCGCCCGCCUCUUUAACACCAUGGCCAAGACCCAGACCAUCGAGGCCAAGCUCCAGAACCUGUCCGAUGAACAGUCUGUGGCCAAGUCCGAGGAGGAACGCAACCAGGUCUUAGAUGAGAUCCGCGAGCGCCAGAAGCAGCUCCGCCGCGUCAAGCAGAUCGGUCCCUUCCAGUAUUCCCACCAGGGAAGUCUCGCUUACAUCGGAAAGGAGCGUGCCGUCGCCGACAUCAGCUGGCUGAGUGGUAACAUUGCCAGCGGUGGUACCCUGACCUACCUCUUCUGGCGCAGUGCUUACUUGAGCAUGUGCUUCAGCACCCGCAACCGUGUUCUGGUCGCCGUUGACUGGAUCAAGGCAAGACUCUUUGGCCGUGAUGUGUCCCGCGAAUAA